AUGUCUUCCGUCCCUCCAGUGCCGGGCUCUAAUAUUAAGCCCUGGGCUCGACCGAAUGCUCAUAAAUACUGUUUCACCAACGCCAAUGUGAUCGAUGUGAAGUCUGGCAAACUCUUAAAAGAUGCCACAGUCAUCACUUGCGAUGGGAAAAUCCAAUCCGUGGCUCUUGCCUCCUCAGAUCCCAUCCCCGCCGACGCGAGGGAGAUUGAUUGCGGAGGACGCUUUCUCUGCCCCGGUCUCUUCGAUGCUCAUGUCCAUCUCUGUGCAGUGCCUGGCUUCCAAGAUCUCUCCAAAGCAUUUGGAAACCCCAAUGAUGUCCACCUGCUUCGACAACCAUACACAGCAGCACAGAUGCUGCAUCGGGGAUUCACGAGCAUCCGUGACUGUGGUGGUGCUCAGCUGGCCAUCAAGGAGGCCAUUGAGGAUGGGGUCUUUCCCGGCCCACGAAUUUUUAUAUCGGGCCACGCGUUGUCCCAGUUCGGGGGACAUGGUGACCUGCGUGGAUCUCACGACCACAUCCAGUGCUGCGGUGGAAUCCACCAUGGCAAUUCCCUAGGACGCCUUUGCAACGGGGUACCGGAUUGCAUGGCUGCCGUGCGAGAGGAGAUCCGGUGUGGUGCGGAUUUUAUCAAAAUCAUGGGAUCUGGAGGCGUAGCGUCUCCCACCGACAAGCUGGAGCAUCUUCAAUUCACUGCUGCCGAGAUCCAGGCGAUGGUGGAAUGUGCCAGCAAUGCCGGGACAUUUGUCACAGCUCAUGCAUACACCGUGAAAGCCAUCCGGCACUGUGUCGAGAACGGGGUGAAAGGCAUUGAACAUGGGAAUUUCCUGGAUUCCCCUACGGCUGCAUUGCUAGCCAAGAAUCAAGUCUAUCUCACACCCACCCUCAUCGCAUACGAUCAGAUGGCCUCGGACCAGUGGAAGGGGUACCUACCUGCAGAAUCACAGGCGAAAAACUCCCAAGUCUUGAAAUCGGGUCUUGAAGCGCUGAGAAUCGCCUCGGAUGCCGGCGUUAAGAUGUGCUACGGAUCAGAUCUACUUGGCCCUCUCGGUUCUGCUCAGACUCAGGAGUUCCGACUUCGCUCCCAGAUUCUGACUCCGCUUGAAGUGCUACAAAGUGCGACCGUCAACCCAGCGGAGAUGAUGGGCUGUGGGAACUCAAUUGGCCAGAUUAAAGAAGGCUUUCAAGCCGACAUGAUUGUUUUGAGUGAAAAUCCCCUCGAAGAUGUCACUGUGUUUGAUGACCCUGAGAGUUGUGUCCUUGGUGUGAUGAAAGAUGGCCGGAUCUACAAGAGUCGCUGGGAGGACCUUCCUGAAGACUGGGAGAUUCCAGUGCGAGUCAAGUACAAUUGA